AUGACAAUAGCCCAACGAGUGUUUACAUCCUUGUAUCAUCAUGACAAGCAGGGAAAGGCUGAAGGUAUCUGUCCUGCCACUGUCCCCCGGAUUCUGGCCGUUUCGGCCAUUAACAAGAACCAGCAGCGUAUCUUUGAGCUGAGAGACCUGGAUCGCAAGCUCUGUGAAGAUCGCAAGACACCUUUGGAACAUUUGCAACCGGGCAGUCUAGCCAAGAGUACCUUUCGAAUUGUGGUGACUCAGGGAAGCUUUGUCUUGUCAAACUAUGCCAAUGAUCAACUCCAACAAGACAUUGCUCGUGACAGGCUUGUCGCUGCAGGUGAAAUGACACAAGAAGAGGCUGAUGAAGCCGCCGAAGAAUGGGAGCAGAGAGAAUGGAAGAUCCGUUGGGAGACGUUUCCCAGCAAACUCACGGAAGCCUUGGUCAAAUAUCAUGUCAUUGUCUUGGUCAUGCGUCUCUACGAACACAUUGCUUCGACCAUGGUGGACAAAUUCACGCUCGAUAGCUACACGUUGGAUACCUUUAAACAUUCCAAGCGAAUCGAUGCCAAAGAAAAGGACAAUAGCAUUCAAGUCGGACGUCAAAUGUUCUCCGCCUGUUGGUCCGCCAAUCUCAUUGCCUUUUUGGCCGAUUACAGCGUCCAUCAAGUCAUUCUAGGAUAUGGAUAUUAUCGAUACGUCCAACAGCGACGGAAAAAACGACAACUCUCCGAAUUUGCCACGGAUUCUUCGUCGAGUGCAAACGACAACAACGACAAUGACGACGACGACCAAAAGCCACCCAUUGCGAAACAAUCUGCCGUCCUUGUCUUGUCAAGAACUCUUGGAUUGACGUUUACUGCCACGGGAGGUGCCGUGGGAUCCAUGAUCUUGCCCGGUUGGGGCACCCUGUUGGGAUCCAAUUUUGGUGACAGUCUUGGUGGAGUUGUGGCGGAUGCAACCUCGGCGAUGGUCGGAUAA